AUGGCUCCUCCUCGAAAGGUAGCACCGAAGGUUCCCCUGUUCUGCACGUCUACCAAGCCAUUUCCUCCUUCGUGGACCGAGAAGUUCUGCAAGGACGCUUUGGAUCCACCCUUUGAAGUGCCGGAAGAGUCCGAACUUGUUCCCAUCGAAGGCGACUUUGUAGGUUGGACGCCCCUGCAGAUUGCGAGGCGCCACGUCGUUCCCAACUUCACUCGCGAGGAGUCGCCAUUCACCAGCCUCACUUUUGCCAUCGCUGACGACAAGUCGCACGAGGAUGGCAAGGUGCUCAUGCCCGCCAUCCAUUGGGAUUUCUUUGACAAGCCAGGAUCGCCUCUCAGGAUCGAAGGCACAGCGCGAGAAGGACCAGAGGAAGUUCUCAUCACUGCAUACCUCCUUCACAUCGACGAGCGUGGCAUCAACAACUACUGGGACGACGACGAUGACGCGUACGAUAACGACACGGACUCUGUUUAUGUCGCCGAGAAGCGCGCAUGGAUCGAAGCGGGCGGAACCAUUGAAGCCCCUCCUAAGCCGCUAAUCGAAGGCCAUCCGGUGUAUAAGAACUAUCUUUACGCCGACGGCAGACAGGUCAGCGUCCAUCAGCAUAGCGUGGACGAUCCCACAAAAGAUUGGUGGCUCAAGGACCCAAAGAGCGAUCAGGUGCGCGAGAUCAGCGAUGAGGAAGUCAUGCGAAGGUCCGACGCUGCCAUCGCCGCACGUGACGCCAAGAUAGCCGAGGACGUUCGUCGCUGGAUCGAAGGAACUUACGAGUAUCCGACCGAAGACCCGACCAAAAGACCUGUGGUCAAAGGCUACCGAUACCUGCUGUCUGACGGGCACAUCAUUCUCGGCGGCUCUCCGCAGGAGCCUGGCCAGGUGAUCGAAUCGUUUCCCGAGCGAGUCGAGGUGGUGCGCGAGAUCAGUGCUCGAGAGUCUUACGAGAUGUGGCUCGCUGCCGAGGCCAAUCGAGUCACUCAGGCAUCAACCAACGAUAGGAUUGAAGGGAAGGGCACAACAAAUACGAUUGCCUAG